CACCGGCAAUUUCUGGAAUUGCAUAAUUGUAACAAACCUUUGUCAACUGUGUCUGCGACAUUAGCAAUGAAUAUUCACGUAAAGAUUUUCGUAUUAUUUUGCAUUGUUCUAGCGUUACAGCCUGCCGUAGUGAAGACCAAAAAGUCACGAUUUGUUCAACACUCAAAUGUCUUAAUCCUGGGUGCUGGAAUGUCCGGAAUCAAAGCAGCUGAAACACUUUAUGAUAAUGGCAUUGAGGAUUUCACUAUUUUAGAAGGAUAUGAACGUAUUGGUGGCAGGAUGCGUAAACAAGAAUUUGCUGGGACUAUUAUUGAACUUGGAGCUAACUGGGUGCAGGGUCUUAAGAAUAAUCCAAUUUGGGAGCUAGCUAAGAAAUAUGACCUGCAAGGCAAUUGUACCAUAGCAGAACCAGUUAAUGAACACUAUAUUAUACGAGAUGAACAUGGUAAAAAUGUCACAGAUCAGGGUAACCCAGAAGGAAUGGCGAAAGCAUCUGAUCUACUUCAUAAGAUCGUGCAAGAAAGACGGCAAGCAGGAAUGCGUGAUAUUGAUGUCCAGACUGGGUUACGUCUUGCAGGUUGGCAGCCACAAAAUCCUGCACAAACAUCAAUGGAGUACUUUUAUGAGGAUUUUGAUGCAGCUGAACGUCCACACUUUACUUCAUCAAAAGUUAAAACUUUCACUAAUGGUUCCAUAGAUUCUGUUGAUGGUAAACAGUUUUUUGUUUUUGACCCAAGAGGUUAUGCAGUCAUUGUUGAGGAAAUUGCAAAAAGAUUUCUUGGACCGAACGAUUCUAGGUUACAUUUAAAACAAAUUGUCAAUAGUAUUAAAUGGGAUUCAAAUGGUGUUGAAGUAUCGACAACUACGGGUGAAGUAUACACAGCUAAUUACCUGCUGGUCACAUUUAGUAUUGGUGUUUUAAAAAGCAACAUGGUUAAAUUCACUCCAGAUUUGCCACCUAAGAUUCUUGAACCUAUAUAUAAAAUUGAAAUGGCAGAUUAUAUAAAAAUAUUCUUAAAAUUCCCAAGAAAGUUUUGGGACCCAAAGCAAUAUAUCUUGUAUGCAAGCGAGAGACGUGGUUAUUACCCAGUAUGGCAAGAUCUUGAGAUAGAUGCAGGUAUACCAGAAGCUGGACUUAAUAUUCUCAUUGUUACUGUGACUGGAGAUGAAGCAAGUAGAGUUCAGUACCAGAGUGAUGAGACAACUAAGGCUGAAAUUAUGGCAGUUUUACGCAAUGUUUAUGGCAAAGAUAUCCCAGAUCCAACUGACUUCUUCUACCCAAGGUGGCACCAUGAUCCACUAUUCUUUGGUUGCUAUUCCAACAACCCAAUUGGUAUAUCGCAUGAGGACUUUCUUGCUUUACAAUCCAAUAUUUCAAGAAUAUACUUUGCUGGAGAGGCCACUAAUGAGUUAUACAAUGGUUUUGUACAUGGAGCUUAUUUCAGUGGUAUGAACCGGGCUGAAAAAAUGGUGGAUGAUAUUAGAGCUAAUGGACACCAGACCUCAUUUAUUAAUCCAAAUACACCAGACUUAAUUCAUUGAUCAUCCUGAUUAGGUGGUUAUUAAUUAAUAACAGUAAUUAGUAGAGUAAUGAAAAAUUUGUAAUAUUUUUCCAAAUUGUAUUACAUUGAUUCCAAUU